GUUUCCCAUUCUGGCCCUAUUAGGGUAACUUAAAUAAUAGUUUUGCGUGAGCAUGAGUUACAUCAGCCCUUGAGCUAUUGCGCUCUGCGCCCCUCAGGAUGUUGCUUCUUGUAUUUGCACAAAUUCACGUUGACCUGUAGUGUGUUUGUGUAACACCUACAGAAGGAACCCGCUUAAUCCCACCUUCCCACUGGCCUAACAACUCGACCUGUUCCGGUCCGAAAUGGCCAAUGCAAGCAAGCCCGAUCGCAAAAUGGUAGCACUGACAGCUGCCAGAGCACGCAUCCUGCCUCAACAGCAACCGAAUGGUGAACGCGUUGUUGCGAAGCCGGUACCCUGGGCCAAUCCGCGCCUAAUGUUGCUUGGAAUUUUCGCCUAUUAUUCCAUCAUGCUCUUCUUCGCGCACUGGCGGCUGCAGUGGACACCUGCCGUGCAACCCGCCUCCGCGCCUCCGCAUCUGUUCAGUGAGGAGCGGGCGGCGGCGCAUGUGGCGGCACUGGCGGGGGGGCUGCCGGAUAGGCAGAUCUCCAUGCCCCAGCUGCAGCAGGCGCACGACUACAUCGUACGGCAGGGGCGGCUCCUGCAGCAGCUGGCGGAGGCCAGGGAGGCGCGCGACGUGGAGGUCAAGGUGUACCGCGAGGACAACGUGAGCGGCUCCGUGGCCAUGGACUUCACCGGACUGCCCUUCACCAACGCAUACCGGGGGCUGACGAAUGUGGUGAUUACCAUCACACCCCUCCUCGGCAGCAGCAGCAGCAGCAACACACCUGCUGAGGAGAAGCAGGACCCGCAGGGCGGCGACACCCGGCAUGGCAGUACCGGUGACAGCAGUAGCAGUGGCAGUAGCAGCUCAAAUGGAGGUCAUGCUGCUGCGGAAGAUGCCAGCAGUACGGCAACUGCUGCCGCCGCUGCCGCCACCUCCUCCUCUCCCAAGGACAGCGGCUCCCGCCCCCAGCAGCCGCGCGGGUUGCUGAUAGCGGCGCAUCACGACAGCGCAGUGGCUUCUCCGGGCGCCUCCGACGACGCCAGCAUGGUGGGUGUGAUGCUGGAGGCGGCUCGGGCGCUGCUGAGCGGGCCGGCUUCGCUGCUGCCCGCCGCGCCGCUGGUGCUGCUGUUUGACGGCGGGGAGGAGAACCUGUGCCAGGGCGCCCACGGCUUCAUGUCCUCCAGCCCGCAUGCUCGCAACCUGGGGGCCUUCGUGAACCUGGAGGCCAUGGGUGGGGGCGGGCUGCCGCUGCUGUUCCAGCACACCGGCGCAUGGACGCUGGCGGCGUGGGCGCGGGGGGCGAGGCACGCGCGGGGGUCCAGGAUUGCACAGGACUUGUUCGACACGGGCGUUAUCCCCGGGGACACCGACUACCGCAUGUUCUCUGCGCGCCACUUCGGCAGCCUGCCGGGGCUGGACAUCGCCUUCACUCGCGACUCCCUGGCCUACCACACCCGG